CUCUGUGCUGCGCCCCAGCAGCAAGGGACGGACGUCUCGUUUCCGCUCUAGGAUGAGCUGUCUCUGGAGCUGGGAAGAGGCAGUCUCGUCCUCGGUGUUCGCCCCAAGGUGUCGAAGAUAAAAGUAACCCUAGUUUAAUUUCUGUGCUCUCCACGGAAGCAUUCCAUAUGCUGCCCUUCUGGAUUGUAAAAACCAAUCUCAUAAAACAUCUAGGACAGAAAGAACAGUCCUGCAAACAGACCCUGUUUGGCUCAAGUGAGCCAGUUCCUUGAACCUGAAUAAUGACUGCUGAAUUAAGGGAUACUACAGAUCUGUUUCCUCAGGCUACCCAGGAAAUGGAAGGCAUAGUGAUAGUGAAAGUGGUGGAGGAAGAUGAAGAGGAUGGGAAAGGCCAUUUUCAAAGAGAAAGAAAUAGAGUAUCACCACAAUUUCUUAGUCGUUCCACAACUAUGAAUGAGAAAGCCUUAUUAUCAUCAUAUUUAGUUGCAUAUCGAGUGGCAAAAGAGGAAAUGGCUCACACAGCUGCUGAAAAAAUUAUUCUUCCGGCAUGUAUGGAUAUGGUACGUACAAUUUUUGAUGAUAUAUCUGCUGAUAAAUUAAAAACUAUACCUCUUAGUGACACUACAAUAUCUCGUUGAAUCUGUACUAUUGCAAAACAUUUAGAAGCAAUGUUUAUUUCAAGGCUACAGUCUGGUAUAGAUUUUGCUAUCCAACUUAAUGAGAGCACUGAUAUUGUAAGUUGUCCAACACUCUUGGUUUAUGUGAGAUAUGUGUGGCAAGAUGAUUUUAUAGAGGAUCUGUUGUGUUGUUUAAAUCUGAAUUCACAUAUAACUGGAUUAGAUUUAUUUACUGAAUUAGAAAAAUGUAUUGUUGGUCAAUAUAAAUUAAACUGGAAAACCUGUAAGGGAAUUUCCAGUGAUGGAGCAGCAAAUAUAACUGGAAAACAAAGCAUAGUUAUUGAAAAACUGUUAGAAGCAACCCAUAACAGUGCUCUUUGGAAUCACUGUUUUAUUCAUCUAGAAGCUUUGGUAUCCAAAGAAAUUCCACUAAGUCUAAUGGAUGUAUUGAAAAAUGCAGUGAAAAUUGUUAAUUUUAUUAAAGGAAGUUCACUGAACAGCCAGCUUCUUGAAAUACUUUGUUCAGAGAUUGGAGUUAACCAUACCCACUUACUGUUUCAUACAGAAGUUCGUUGGUUGUCUCAAGGAAAAGUAUUGAGCAGAGUAUAUGAACUCAGAAAUGAGAUUUACAUUUUUCUCAUUGAAAAGCAAUCUCAUUUGGCAACUGUUUUUGAAGAUGACAUUUGGGUAACAAAAUUAGCAUAUCUAAGUGAUAUUUUUGGCAUUCUUAAUGAGUUAAAUUUGAAAAUACAGGGGGAAAACAAUGAUCUAUUUCAAUAUCUUGAACAUAUCCUAGGAUUCCAAAAGACAUUACCCUUGUGGCAAGCAAGACUUAAAAGUAAUCACCCUAGCUACUGUAUGUUCCCAACAUUGUUACAACACAUUGAAGAGAACAUUAUUAAUGAAGACUGCUUAAAAGAAAUAACAUUAGAAAUAUUGUUGCAUCUCACUUCUUUAUCUUAGCUCUUUAGUCAUUACUUUCCAGAAGAGAAAUUUAAAUUGUUAAAGGAAAAUAUUUGGAUGAAAGAUCCAUUUGCUUUUCAAACCCCAGAAUCAAUAAUUGAGUUAAACUUGGUGCCUGAAGAAGAGAAUGAAUUAUUGCAGCUCAAUUCAUCAUUCACACUGAGGAAUUAUUGUAAGACAUUAAGUUUAUCAGCAUUUUGGAUUAAGCUUAAAGAUGAGUUUCCAUUGCUAAGCAGGAGGAGUAUAUCGCUAUUACUACCAUUCACAACUACCCAUUUGUGUGAACUAGGAUUUUCAAUCUCGACAUUAUUAAAAACAAAGAAAAGAAAUAGGCUUAACAGUGCACCUGACUUGCGUGUAGCCUUAUCUGCUUGUGGCCCUGACUGGAAUGAACUAAUGAACAGGCAAGCACACCUAUCACAUUAAAUACAAUCUUUACAAAAUGUUGGUUUUGUACAUUUUUAGGCAUUUUUUUUGUAUAUUGUAUUUAAAUAUUAAUAAAAUUACAUUUGGAAUUUCCUAGGUUUCUUUUCCUAUAUAGUAACAGUAAGGAUUGUUUCUUGAAACUUGUGUCAAUUACAUGUAUGUGUGUGUAUACAGGAUAACACUGUAAAAUAUAGUUCUUAUGAAUUACUGUCAAUUUUGAAAA